AAAAAGUCUGCCGGCCCAUAAAAGUUUGAGCCUCUCUGCCAUCUCCUCUAUUACGUCUCACAGUGAAUACGGACUGACCUCUUAAUUGCCGCCUCUCUUUUUUCAUCACCGCCGUGCCCCGCGAACAGGCCAUACUUCGCCGGCGCUUUUUCUCCCGGAUCCACAGUAUCUCCGCUUUGAACACCCAUUCAGCGUGCCAUGACUACGACUCUGGCCCCAAUUCUGAAAAUCGAAAUAAGCUACCGGCCCCCACUUUUCAACAAGCAAUCCAGCGCCUCCAGGAGUAUUGGGCUUCUGUAGGAUGUGUUGUGAUGCAAUGCAGCAAUACUGAGGUUGGAGCAGGGACAAUGAAUCCUCUGACAUUUUUAAGGGUUCUAGGCCCGGAACCAUGGAAUGUUGCUUACGUGGAACCUAGUAUUCGGCCAGAUGAUAGCCGUUAUGGUGAGAAUCCGAAUAGGCUUCAAAGGCAUACUCAAUUCCAGGUUAUAUUGAAGCCUGAUCCUGGAAACUCGCAGGACCUUUUCAUCCGGAGUUUGUCAGCCCUAGGAAUAAAUAUUAAUGAGCACGACAUUCGCUUUGUUGAGGACAACUGGGAGAGCCCAGUGCUUGGUGCCUGGGGUUUGGGUUGGGAAGUUUGGAUGGAUGGGAUGGAAAUUACCCAAUUCACCUACUUUCAGCAGGCUGGAAGUAUUCACUUGGAGCCAAUAUCUAUUGAAAUUACCUAUGGCCUUGAGCGUAUCCUAAUGUCACUUCAGGGAGUUGAUCAUUUCAAAAAUAUUCAGUAUGCUGAUGGGAUAACAUAUGGAGAGCUUUUCCUGGAAAAUGAGAAGGAAAUGAGCGCAUACUAUCUGAAACAUGCUACUGUUGAUCAUAUGAAAACACAUUUUGAUUUGUUCGAAGCUGAAGCUCUACGUAUGCUUGAUUUAGGCCUAGCGUUACCUGCGUAUGAUCAAGUUUUGAAGACAUCCCAUGUUUUUAAUAUACUAGACUCUAGAGGCUUUGUUGGAGUGACAGAACGCGUUCGUUAUUUUGGUAGGAUGCGUAGUUUAGCUCGUCAUUGCGCACAACUCUGGCUAAAGUCAAGGGAUAGUCUUGGCUACCCACUUGGUGUGAUAUCUCACCCUGACCAUCCUGUUAUUACAAGAGAUACGCUGAAGGGAGCAGCUGGACAGGUGCCUGAAGAGACACGUUUGUUUGUACUUGAGAUCGGGACAGAAGAGCUGCCCCAUAAUGAUGUAGCUGAUGCAUGCGAGCAACUCAAAGAUUUAAUUGUUAAGUUGUUGGACAAACUCAGAUUGGCUCAUGGAGAAGUGCAAACAUAUAGCACACCACGUAGACUUGUGGUUCAUGUUCAACACUUAAAUUUUAAGCAAGAUGAGGUUGGUGUUGAGGUUCGUGGACCUCCAGUUUCCAAAGCAUUUGAUAACCAAGGAAAUCCAACAAAGGCUGCUGAAGGUUUUUGCCGUAAAAACAAUGUUCCCAUAAAGUCCAUGUACAAACGGCCUGAAGGUAAAACGGAAUAUAUCUAUGUUCGUGUAGUGGAGCAUGCUCGGCUUGCUCUAGAGGUUUUAUCUGAAGAGCUACCUGGGGCAAUAUCCAGGAUAUCAUUCCCAAAGUCGAUGCGUUGGAACUCUGAUGUUCUCUUCAGCAGACCUGUUCGUUGGAUUUUGGCCCUUCAUGGAGGCGUUGUAGUACCCUUUUCAUUUGGUGGUGUUGUGAGUUGAAAGUCAAUGGUGCGACUGGCUGGAGUUUCACAUCAAUAAAAAUUCUUUGCAGGCACUUCAAGAAUGAAGAUAUUGGCAAUUCGAUGAGGAAAUACUGCCUUGGUAUCUUAUAGUGGCACAUCAAGUUCAUCAAUUGUCCAUCACCAAAUGUUGUUAUUUGAUUAUUUGUUCGUAGUGGUGCUGUGUGGUCGUAGGAAAGCUUGUCAUUCCUUCAAGCUUUGAGGAUAUAUAUUGUGGAAAUGUGUCGCAUGGUCUACGUAACACUCCUUCUGCCACUGUAGAGGUAGUAGAUGCAGCAUCUUAUGGCGAUAUGAUGCAACAUGCUGGGAUUUUUGUUGAUGUUGAGCAACGCAAGAAGUUUAUAUUGGAGCAGUCCCAUGAUCUUGCAAAGAGUGUAAAUGGAUUUCCUAUUGUGCAGACUGGUUUACUUAACGAAGUUGUAAAUCUUGUUGAGGCACCUGUGCCAGUACUUGGAAAAUUUAAGGACACCUUCCUAGAGCUUCCUAAAGAACUACUGAUAAUGGUCAUGCGGAAGCACCAGAAAUACUUUGCAGUGACUAAUGAGAAUGGGGAUCUGCUGCCUUACUUCAUUGCUGUUGCAAAUGGAGCAAUUAAUGAAAUGGAGGUGAUAAAAGGAAAUGAAGCUGUACUCCGAGCUCGGUUUGAAGAUGCAAAGUAUUUCUAUGACUUGGAUAGGAGUAAAAAGUUUUCUGAAUUUCGAAUUCAACUAAACGGGAUACUUUUCCAUGAGAAGCUGGGAACAAUGCUGGAUAAGAUGGUGCGGGUUGAACACCUCGUUAGUGAAGUUAGUCUGUCUCUGGGUAUAGAUGAAGAAACUCUUGAAGUUAUCCAUGAUGCAGCAUCUUUGGCAAUGUCAGAUCUAGCUACAUCAGUUGUUACCGAGUUGACUUCCCUCUCAGGGAUAAUGGCACGUCACUAUGCUAUUAGAGAUGGCUAUUCAGAGCAGGUGGCAGAGGCCUUAUUUGAGAUCACUCUUCCACGAUUUUCGGGAGAUUUACCCCCAAAAACUGUCGCCGGGACAAUGUUAGCAAUUGCUGACAGGUUGGACAGCCUUGUUGGCUUGUUUGCUGCUGGUUGUCAACCAAGCUCUACUAAUGAUCCAUUUGGCUUGCGAAGGAUUGCUUAUGGCCUUGUGCAACUUCUGGUUGAGAACGACAGAAAUGUGGAUUUAAGACAAGCUUUGCAACUUGCUGCUGCUGUUCAGCCCAUGAAAGUAGAGGCCAGGACAGUUGAUGAUGUACAUCAGUUUGUGACACGAAGAUUAGAACAAUUUCUGAUGGAUAAAGGCAUUGUCCCUGAAAUAGUUCGAUCUGUUCUUGUGGAGCGUGCAAACUUGCCUCAUUUGGCAACCAAAUCAGCACAAAAAAUGCAAUACUUGUCAAAUGGGGUCCUGCAAAAGGUUGUGGAAGCAUAUUCUCGUCCAACAAGAAUUGUGCGUGGAAAGGAUGUAAAUGAUGAUGUGGAGGUGGACGAUACAGCUUUUGUAGCAAAUGAAGAGCUUCUUCUCUGGAACGCUUUUUUAUCAUUAAGAAGCAAAGCUCAUGCUGAAAUGGAAGUGGAUGAUUUUUUUGAAGCCUCCUUAGCACUUAUAGAGCCGAUAGAGAAUUUCUUUAAUCACGUGUUUGUAAUGGUGGAAGAUGAAAGAAUAAGAAACAAUAGGCUUGCCAUGCUCAAGAAAAUUGCAGAACUACCUCUUGGAAUUGUAGACCUCUCAGUGUUGCCGGGAUUUUGAAUGUUUAACCCCUACAUGCUACGUAAAAUAUGUACUUUUUCUAGAAUUCAUAUUUCGUAAUCACUACCGUGUAUUCACACAAUUGGUUUGGGAUUAAGAAUUUGCUAUAAGUAGCUUUUGUUAGUUCUCAUUUUUUAUACGAAUAGUACUUUGUA